UCAGUCCGCAAACCUUAUCGUGUUCCUCUUUAAUUGGGGAUUCCUCUUCCGGCAAACGAGUGCACGGGCGAUCUCCUCCCUCGCGCACGAAGCAAUCCGGUCCGACCAUGUCGCGCAAGGUCGUCGCUGUCGCCGCAGGAGAAGCCCACACUCUCGCUCUCACAGCGGAUGGGAUCGUGUUUUCAUGGGGACGGGGGACUUUUGGCCGGCUGGGCACCGGCAAGGACGUCGACGAGCUCUUUCCGGUUCCCAUCGCCUCCUGCGGUGCUUCGUCUCAGAGGAAGAAGGGAGGGCUCAAGGCGCCGCAGCCCAAUUUCGUAGGGAUCGCUGCUGGUGCUUACCACAGCCUUGCCUUGCGAGGUUCUCAUCGUUCAAUCUCUCUUCUCUUCUUUCAGUUCUGAUCAUCAUCAUCAUCAUCAUCAUCAU